AUGGAUUGCGUCAUCGGUGGGUCUUCAGGUGAGCAAAGAGUCCAAUUCUUGACAAGCAUCCCCGUGAACAAAACUGACAGACUCAUGCUCCCGUGCCAAUGCUGCUUUGAACAUCGAAUUUACGACGUUUUCUUUUAUCAUCAAGUGAGCGAUUUGAAUUCUUUAAAAUCCAUCGACCGCGGACUUGCAAUUCCUUCUCUUCUCCGAAUGCCGAAAAGCAUCAUUACAAUAGGAGCCUGGGUUGAGUCGACAUUUCUUCAGGUUGUCUCUCAUCACAGAAAGGGUCCAAGAAGCUGGAACCACGUUUUACAAAUGGGUUUUCCUGUAGAUAUCUUUAAUGUGAAAAAUUUAAGAAAUAAAUUGAAAUAG